CUUGAGAAUUUUCGAAUAGAGGAUACUAUUAAUCUUACCAGAAAUCCUUUAUUUGAUCAAAUAAAGUGAAAUAGCCAGGCAUUAGCUGAUGCUCAGUUUGGUGCUUUAAGCAAGACACUUGCAUCCGCAGACAGCAAUCACUCUGCUGCUGUUGUGGGGUCCCAACCAUUACUGCUUCAGAUGGAUAUCCCACCAAAUCUGGCGCAUAUAUCAGUUGGUCGGGAGAACUGGGGGGACUCCAAUAUGGCUGAUGGCUGCCCCAGAACUGAUACUUCAACGGACGAUAGAAUCUGUUUACUAGCUAAUACCGACUCUUUAUUGACCAUCCUUUUCUGCAGUUUGGAAGAGACGUUGCGUAGGCUUGCUCAAAAUCGUGAGGCUGCAAGAAAAAGCCGGUUAAGGAAAAAAGCAUAUGUGCGGCGACUAGAGAGUAGUCGACUGAAACUGACGCAACUUGAGCAAGAGCUGCAGCGAGCUCGUCAGCAGGGUAUAUUCAUUUCAAGCUCCGGAGAUCAAUCUCAAUCAAUGAGUGGAAAUGGUAUGCAAGCUCUAUUUUCAUCAUUGGAAUUUGAAAAAUGGUAUUUGUGAUUUGCUGUUAGGGGCUCAGAGUUCAAGUAAUUAUUGUUUGAGUUUGUUAAAUACGUUCCGUACAGUAGUUGUUAGCCUUGUGGAUAUUAUGUGUUAGCUAUGUCAACUUUUGUUCCUGAAACACAAAGAGGUACUGUUUCAUG